GGAACCACAAUCUGAGGCUCAUCUGGAGUGGUUACCACAUGGACGGCUCCUAAUAAGUAUGAUAAUACAAACAGAAAGGCGUAGAUUCGAAUGGUAUAAUUCGGGGAUACGAAAAAGCGUUAUUAGGUUUAAGAUGGCUACUGAUUCCAUACAAGUAGCGAUAAGGGUGAGGCCAUUGAUUCGGAGAGAGAAAGAAUCAUCACAGCAAAGCAGCUGGAGAGUGAAUGGCAACAGCAUCACUCAGAUCAGUAAUGGUAAACCUUUGUCAACUUCCUGCUUCACUUUCGAUCAAGUGUUUGAUCAAAUUGAUACCACAGAAGAUGUGUACGAAAAAUUUGCCAAACCUAUGAUCGAAUCAGCCAUGUUGGGGUUUAAUGCCACCAUAUUUGCAUAUGGGCAAACCUCCUCGGGGAAAACUUACACCAUGCUGGGUGACAAGAACAACCCUGGAAUCAUCCAGCUUGCCAUCACAAAUAUGUUUGACCACAUAAAUGAGGAUCCAGCCAGAGAGUACCUUCUUGUUGUGACAUACAUGGAGAUAUAUAACGAGGUUAUAACAGACUUGCUGAAUCCUACAAAUAAAAACCUCAAGAUCCAUGAAAACUCCAAGAAAGAGGUGUUUGUCAGUGGAGUCACUCAGUGCCCUGUCAAUGGAUCUGAGCAGCUGUAUCGUCUUAUGGUUGAAGGAGAAAAAAAUAGGCACUUUGGAGAGACAAACAUGAAUGAUAAGAGUAGCAGAUCACACACUAUAUUUGCUAUUCAUAUUGAGAGCCGUGAAAGAGUUGGACCAGAGGUAGAUCAAGACUCAGAUGAUGCUGAUGGAGCAGUUUUGGUAUCUCAGUUGAACUUGGUGGAUCUUGCAGGAUCUGAACGAGUCUCUCUUACGGGAGCAGAAGGACUGCGGCUAAAGGAAGGGGCUCACAUCAACAAGAGUCUUUUUACUCUGGGUUCUGUUAUUGCCAAGCUCAGUGAAGGAGAGAGCUUUGUUCCGUUCCGUGACUCGAAGCUGACAAGAAUACUCCAGAGUUCUUUGGGUGGUAAUGCCAAGACGGGCAUCCUGUGUACCGUCACACCUGCAUCUGUUGAAGAGUCUAUCAGUACUUUAAAGUUUGCAAGCAGAGCAAAAACAAUCAAGAACUGCCCUUCAGUAAAUGAGGUCCUUGAUGAUGGUGCAAUGCUAAAGAGAAUGAAAAAAGAAAUCCGAGAUCUCAGGCAACAAAUAUCAAAGUUACAAGAAAAUACUUGCUUGUCGGAGCUACAGAGCGAGAAGGAAAAGUUUCAAAAACAGCUGGAGGAUUCCAAGGCUCAACAUGAAAAGCAAAUACAAAAGCUGACAGCAUCUUUCUUGAAUUCAUCGCGGCUGACAGAAAAAGAAGGCAAUAAUACCAAGCGCACCAAGUUUGCCAAGAGGAGAGAAACUUGGUGUCCGGGUGCUGGCGCUACGUUGUCUAGCAAUCCACUAGAAUCAGCUGCAGCAUUAGCCCAGUCGGUGCUCUCUAACUUCGAGUCAGAAAGAUCUAUGUCCAGUAGUAGUGAGGAAAGCGAUGCUAACCAAUCAGAUUUCAUUAGUUCAAACAAUUUCGAAAAGUUAUUGGUGAAGGAAGAAAGAAAGAGGCGUAGUGGAGAAAAACUACGUAGGGUUAAAUUCUCUGAUAAUCCACCAAGUUCGUUCUCCCGCCAUCCUUCGAUUUCUGUGUCUGAAUUCGUAGAAAAAGAAAUCCAAACGGAGGACAAUGAUGGGGAUAAUCACUACAAGAAUGAAAUAGAAAAACUUCACAUCCAAUUGAUUCAAAUGAAAAGGGAGAAUGAGGAUAAUCUGGAAUUCAUCGAUCAAAGCAACAACAACUUGGAAAGAUUGAUGAGCGAGAAAUCAGAUUUGGAAAUGAAACUACGCUGUGUAUUUGAUGAACUUAGAAUCGCAAAUGAUGAAAAAGAAAGAUUACAGAAUGAUGACCAAAUAGCCAAGUAUAGGAAUGAAAUCGAAGAUCUGAAAAUCAAGAUACUGCAAUUAAACAAAGAAAAUAACGAUAACCUGGAAUUUAUCGACCAAAGUAACAAUAACUUGGAAUGUUUGUUGGAUGAGAAAUCUGAACUUGAGAGGAAACUUCAUUAUGCGAUCGAGGAACUUAAAUCCGCAAACGCCGAUAAAGCAGCACUUCAGGUAAAGGUCAACUCACUUGACAAGAAUGCAGAGGAGGAAAAAUUACAAGCAGAAAAUAAAGAACUUCGGGAACGAGUUUCUGAGCUGCAAAAUGAGUGCAAUCUAGUAAACAGCUGUGCAGAAGACUUACAAGGAGAAGUCAACGAAAUGAAGAAAGAAAAUCUUGCUUUAAAAUCACGCCUACAAGAAGAUGAAAAAGUUACAGAAAAGAGACUAUCCCUCGAAGCAAAGGUUGAAGAUUGUGAACAAAAACUAGAAGUCGCUUUGAAAGAGAUCUCACAGCUCAAAAUUAGCUUAGAAGAAGAAGUAAAACUCAAAGAAGAAUCCCUUAGCGAAAGUAAAAAUUUGAAAAUCUGCGAAUCCUCGUUGAAAGAAGAGCUGGAGAACGAGAGGAAUAUCUUGUAUAAAGAGAGAGAAGAGAUGGAGCAGUUAAUACUGGACCUCAAGGAAAGUAUGAUCGAUGUGGAGAGCGAGAGAGCCUGCCUGCAAGAGGAGUUCCAGUGUCUUCUCUUAGAAAAGGAUUCAGAAAUUACCUCCUUGUUAAAAGAGCUUGAACAAGUGAACCAAACUUUUAGUGAUUUCGAGGAAGAUAGCAGAGAAGAGUUUGCGUCAAUGACUAAAACGUUUAAGGAGCGGGUUUCCAACAGAGAUGUAACCAUUUCUAAGCUCGUUGAAGAUGUUGCCAAGCUUAAAGAAAGUAUGGUAGGAGCUGAGAGUGAAGCAAGUAGAAUGGCGGACUUGGAGCUUGAGAAGGAAGCUCUAUGUACAAAAUACGAAGAACUUGAGCGAACAAAAGACCAGCAAAUGGCAGAGCUGAGACGAGAUGUUGAGCUUAAAGAAGAAGAACUUGGCGCUGCGAAAGAAGAGUUGAAUAAAAUUGCAGAAGAAAUGGAAAGACAAAAGAAUGGAGCAAAUGAAGAAUUGAAGAAGGAGCUUGAGAAGUUGAACGAGGAAAAUCAAGCACUUCAGGAAUCCCUGGAGAAAGUCACCACUGAAAGAGAUGAAAUCAAGAUCGAGUUGUCUAAUGCAAUAACUGAUUCUGUGACCAUUCAGAAGGAUAUAUUUGAAGCUCACCAGAAGGUGACCAAUUAUAAACAACGCAUGGAACAAAUGAAUCAGGAAUACGAGAACUUGUGUAUAAAGGUAACCUCUUUGGAAGAAGAACUGCUCAACGCAAAGGAAGAGCUAAUAAUGGCUAAAGUAAACCCUGCCCAAGAGGACUCUAAUAUUGGUGAACAAUUAGAAACCAGUGAGGAAUAUAGAAAAAUCGUAGAGGAUAACGAAGAGUUAAAGAAGUUGAAUAUUGAGCUAAAGCAUGCUAAUGAGGAUUUGGAAAAGAAAAUAGAAUCUUUUGAAGAUAUUCCAGUGCUAAAGACUCAACUGGAAGCCAAACAGCAGGAACUUCAGGAUGUUACCCAUGAACUUGAAUCUGUGAGACAGUCAAAUAAAGAACUACAGAACUCCAUGGAAGAAAUGAAAGGCAAAGCUGUUGAAUUGGAAGAAUCUCGUCAAACUUUAGAAAAGAACUUUGCUGACAAACAAGAGUGUUACGAUAAGCUGUGUAAAGAGAUGAAUGAAUACAAGAUGUUGGUGGCUGGUGGACAGACACAGAGUAAUAAGUUUAAUAUUGAGUUGGAAGAACUAAAGAAGGAGCAUGAUGAAACUGUGCGUGAAUUGCACAAUGAACAAAAAGAACACGAGGCUUUGAGGACAAAAUAUGAACAGUUAAAGGAGCAAGUUGAAGAAAACAAAGUAUCUUUACUGCGCGAUAGUAACCGUGAUCUAACCCAACAAAAACAGAUCGACAAAAUGAGAUCUGAACGACGCGAAACCAUCUGCGUACAAGCACAACUAAGAAGUGAACUUGAGAAAGAGAGAGACGAAAAAGAGAAAAAGAUUUUGGAACUAGAAGCUCGAUGUCGUCAUCUAACAGCCGAGAAAGACUUGGCCGAGCACAAAACCGAGGUAUCCCACAAACAGUUAGAAGAUAUAAAACAGCAGAUGAGAGAUAUGGAGUUACUUUACUCUCAGCAUUCCAAGUCGGUGGUGCCAACUAGCGGCAAUGACAAAUCUGCACAUCGACUGAAACAAGUUGAAUUCAAUCUGGAUAUCACGAAGCAGAAGUUUGAGAAGGCAGAACUGAGGCUGAAGGAACUUGAACAAGAGAAUAGACAGCUGAAGGGAGCUGAUAUAAGGAACGGUGCCUUGAAGGAAGAACGAGACGUCAUCAAAGCGCAGCUCGUAACGAAAACCGAAACACUAAAAGAAACAAAUCGUAAAGUCAACGACUUGUCAAUCGAGGUCACACAGCUGAAAUCGCACAUCGAUAAGCUGACAAGUGAAACGAAAAAACAGAAGGCAGAUCUUGAAAAGAAAGUUGAAAAGAUUGAAGACUUAGAAAUCCAGCUGGUUCAGUUGCAGGAUUCGACCAACAGUACCCAAAAUUUCGACGAAGAAAGACAGAGUCUUAGGCAAGAGAUUGAAGGGCUGGCAAGCAGGCUUAAAAGCAAAUCCAUGAAAUGCGAAGAACUUAUGUAUGAAAAUAAGGAAUUACAGAACAAGAAUCCCAAGAAAGCUUCGUCGAAAUGCAAAGGCUGCAGGACCCAAUUCCAAGAUGUGGCCCAAAAACUUGAGAAAGUCCAAAGCGAAUUUGAUGCAUUGAAGGUCCAGCAUGAAGAAUUAUCCUUUAAGUAUGAUGAACAACUAAUGAAUGCAAACGAAAAAGAGGUAGAAGCUGAAGAAGCUGUUAACUUGAAGGAGGAAAUUGCGAGAUUGAAGGCCGAAAUUCUUAACUUCAAGAACCACAAGAAGACAGAUGGUGAUGUGCAAACAGACAGGGAAAACCUAUGUCUGACUGAUGAAAGCAGAAGUCACUUGGAAAACCAGGAUGAGAUGAUCAACAGUCUUAAUAUAACGAUUCAGACCAAAGAUGAAGAGCUAGAGCACAUUACAUUCCUGAUGGAUGAGCGUGAACUGGAGAUCAACGAGGUACGUCACAGCUUACAGGAAUACGAGGAAAACUUGAAGCAAAUGAGGGAAACGAUCAGAGAAAAGACCGAACUAUCUGAUGGACUCCAGUGUGAGGUUGAGAUAUUCAAGAUGGAAUUAGACGAGGCUAAUCAGGGGCACAAUGAGGCUAAGAAAUGUAUUGAAGAGUUAAGAAAUAUUAUCAAGGAACAGGAAACUGAACUGAUCAGACUAAAUGAAAAAAUACAUGCAAUGAAGGUCUCACAAGGUGCGGGGCAGACAGACAAUGACUUGAUGUGCACUGUGGAUCGUUUAAAAAAAGAACUCGAAGAAGUCAAGUCCUGUAAGAAUGAGACGGAACAAAUAAAUUUGGAGCUUGAGAACAGAUUGAAGGAAGAUGUUCUUGGAAAACGAGGGGAAGAGGUUCAUCUCGAGCACGCAGAACUCAAGUCAAAACUUGAAAGCGCACAGCGGCAGAUUGAAGAACAGAAUUGCAAGCUAGAUGAAGCGUCGGCAAGUGUCGAGGAGUUGAGAAAAGUCAUAAGUUCUGCCGAAGAUGCUAAAGAGAAAUACGAGGAGCUGCAAAUUCAAAAUGAGGAUCUCCAGACCCAACUCGAAGCAGCACGGCAGAAGUUUGAAGAACAGAAUUGCAAGCUAGAUGAAGCGUUGGCAAGUGUCGAGGAGUUGAGAGAAGUCAUAAGUUCUGCCGAAGAUGCUAAAAAGAAACACGAGGAGCUGCAAAUUCAAAAUGAGGAUCUCCAGACCCAACUCGAAGCAGCACGGCAGCAGUUUGAAGAACAGAAUUGCAAGCUAGAAGAAGCAUCUGCAAGUAUCGAGCGGUUAAGAAGGGUGAUAAGCGAGCAAGAAGAAGAGCUCUUCAACGCAAAUGAAGAAGACAGUGAGAGUAGCGCUCUUCUAAAAGAAGAAUUAGAAUUGACAAAACAAGAAGCUGAAGAAUCCAAGAAAAGUCUGGAACAAGAAAUACGGCUUAAUACUCAACUGAAGGUGUUUUUGAAAGAAAAGGAAAACGAAGUUGAAGAAUUACGGACCAAAAGCAACGAUGGGAAUUUUAUUGAGCUUCAAAACAAGUAUGACCAAGUGAAAGCAGAGCUAGACGAAUCCAAUAAGGCUUUAAUGUUUAGCGAAAAUGAACUUGAAAUGCUUAGAAACAGCUACGACAACUUGAAAGAAGAGUGUCAAGAAGCCAAGAAGAUGGUGGCAGAUUUUGAAACUAGAAAUGCUGAGCUUCAAAACCUCACAACAGAAAAUGGCGAAGCAUUGCUCAAAGUACAGUGCGAGUUAGAAGACGCAUUGAGAAAAGUUUCGUUGUCUGAAGAAAAGGUGGAAGAGUACAAGGCAAAGCCAAGUCUGAUUCAGAAACGUGAUGGUUCAAUGUUUACUGAAGGUGAAAGCCAUGGACAAUUAGAGGUCCAUCUCUUGGCAAAACAAGCCGAGUUGGAAGAUCUACAGGGACAGUUGAUGCCACUACAACGAGAAAAUGCUAAGCAGGAGGAAUCGCUACAACAACAGCGUAAGCAGCUGACAGAAAUGCAAAACUCACUCAAAGCAAAACAAAUGGAAUGCGCAGAUUUGAGAGAAAAAAUAAAAUCUGGGUUUGAUGUCAGCCAAGAGAAAGUUAACUCACUGAAGAGUGAAAUAGCAGAGAUGAAUACUGUUUUGUCGAGCGAGCGCCUUCUUAACGAAGAUCUUCGAGAAGAGCUGGAGUCGUCUAAGAGGCAUACGGCAGCUGUUGAGGAUGCUCUACAGAAGACUCGAAAGCAGAAGAUGGAGCUGGAGUACCAAAUCCAUCAAAAUAGUGGAACGAAUGAGGGACAGCUUUCAAAGUCACUUGCUGAUGCAGAGGCUGAAAAUACUGCAUUGAGAAACACGUUGAAGCACUUGCAAGACCAACUUGAAGAACAGCAAACAAGUCCGGAGACAACAAGCAUGGCUGAAUUAGAAAACGAGACGUUGAGAAGUAUCAUCAAAGAAAAGCAAGCUGCACUAGACGAAUACUCUCAGAAGAUACAGGCCUUGGAAAACCUUGAAAAUAAAACAGAAACCGAGGGUGUGUCUUAUGAGAAAUAUAAUAAAGAAACAAAUCGACUGAAGAAGAUUAUCGAUGAAGUUCAAGAUGAAUUAGAUGAAGCUUUGCUCAAGAUAAGUACGUUGGAGGGAAAAGAAAAAGAGGGUGUCUCAUGGGAAGUACACGACAAAGAAACAAACCGAUUGAAGAAGAUCAUCGAUGAAGUCCAAGAUGAACUCGAUGACGCUCUAAUGAAGAUACAUAGCUUGGAACAGAAUGAAAAAGAUCASAAUAAAGACGAAAGGAUCACCCAUCUUCAAUGCAUCAUUGAGCAACAGAAAGUUGAACUAAAGCAACAAGUCCUAAAGAUUCAGAAACUAGAAGAAGGAACGGAGAAGGAAGAUAGCGAGACUGUCUCUUACGAGGAAUACGACAAGGAGACAAAUCGACUGAAGAAAAUUAUUGAUGAAGUCCAAGAUGAGUUAGACGAUGCAUUGCUAAAGAUCAACUCAUUUGAGACCAAGGAUAAGGAAAAUGAGGUUGCAAGGACCAAGUUUUGUGAAGCAUUGAAUGAGAUUCAACGGUUAAAGACGAUUAUUAGAUCUAUGAAAGAAAACAAGACAAACACGCAGCAAGAGGAAAAUCUUGAAUCUCUUCGCAUUGAGCUUGCCGGCAAAAACAUGAAGAUACAGGAACUUCAAUACAAAGGGUUAAAAAUAGUAGAAGAAAAUGAACGGUUAAGAAAAGAAGUGGAAUAUGGCUACGCUAAACUUGCCAAAAUGAAACAUGAAGUGAGGAAACUCCGAGAAGAAUCGACACAGGAGAACACUGUACAACUAAAACCGCAAUCGUCUACAGAAAAGAGUGAUGUUGGUGUCGUCUCCAGUGUGGUUGUCUAUUCCCUCAAAGCCAAGGUUGGGCAGCUUGAAUGCGAGAAUGAAAAACUGAAGAAAGAAAAGGAGCAACUGGAGAAGGACAAGGUUACAUUGUCGCUGUUAAAAACUGAUGCAGGAAACCAAGUAUCACGUCUGACAUCUGAAAUCCGACAUCUACGAAAACAAGUUAAAGAACUCGGCCGUGCCUCUCAACAUGUACUCGUUCCCAGUAAUACCCAGGAUGAUAGUUCAUUCUGCCAUACGCACUCUCGCUCAGAACCAAACAGCGACAAAGGAAGCAGCAAGACCGUAAGAGAAACAGAAAAUAGACCAACGCAAUCAAACUGGCUGUCACCAUCUAAAGCUAAUGAGAUGUUCCAAGACCAACCCAAUCAGUGUCAACACCAAUAAUGAUAGGGCACGCCAGGAUGUGGCCAGUCUUCAGCCAUGCGCACUGUGUAACCUCCCUUGGUCGUUGGCUGCCAUCGGAAUUAUCCCAUUCACAGUUCCCUGCGCCAUCUUGAAAGGUAACCGUGCCUGUUCAUCGAAGCAAGGACGGCCGUUCUUGCUUCGAUGCACAGCCCACGGUUACCUUCCAAGAUGUUGCAGGGAACUCUGAAGGAGACUUUUGGAUGAAGGGUAAAAAAGGACCUAAUUUUUUUCCUGAUGGUUGGAAAAGACAUAAAAUGGAAUCUAAGUGGUUGGCGCAGGAAAAAAUGGAGAUACUUGAGGGGGAGGGUGGGGGACGGUGUUGAUCCAAUGCACCUGCCAUGUUUCGGUUCUGCUGGGAAAUUUUCGUCCUGGUCAUAGUUGUGUUCAUGUACAUAUGGGGUGCUAUAGGUUUGUACAUAUAAUGAUAUUACAUAAUUAAAUAUUACGGCUUUUUUUUCACAUUCACUUGAA